CUUCCCUCUGGGGCGGAGCUACCACAGGAAGUGCCUCCUUCUGGGAGGUAUAUUGACGGGUACUGGAAUCGCCUCGGUGCCAUUUUCUUCUGGCUUGUGCCUGUUGUGUAUCCGGAAGCUGAGUCAUCAGAUCUUUUGGAGGAGAGCAUCUGCGCUUGGCUCGCGUGACUCUGCAGAUUCCUGUCUUGUCAUUUUGAAGCCAGCAGCCAGGUCUCUGGAACUAGACCCAUUGCUGCAAUCAAUAGCAAUCGCAUCACACGUCGUGAUGUUUCCCUUGGCCAGAUAUGCACUAAACCAUCUCAAGAUUCAAAGCAUUCGGAAAGUUGUGGCAAGACAGGGCCACACAAAGCCCUCAUCAGAUUUUCAUGACAAAUAUGGCAAUAUGCUGCUAAUUGGUGGAUCCACUUUCUGUUUUGUUGGAUAUGUGAUUUAUAUAACACAGAUGGGGGUAGAAUGGAACCUGUCUCCUGUUGGCAGAGUUACCCCCAGAGAGUGGAAUAAUGACUAACUAUCUCAGAUACCAUAAUGCAGACAUGUCUCAAAGCAAACUAGUCAUGGAAAUGCUCUGUCACUUAAGUAUAGCAUGACAAGAGAAAUAAAGUUCAUUUAAAAAUA